CCUAUCUCUCUCUCCCAGGCUACACAAAGCUGAAACAAAAGCCUGCGCUUCCACAAGCUACGCAGUAGCUAGUUGUGCAACCACUAGUUAACCCUCUCCCCCAUUUCCCCGCCACCCCCAUAUGCCCGCCAAUAACAGCACCACCAGCAAACUCGCCUGAUGGUUCGCCCACAAUCCCUCACUAAUUACUAGGCCCCGUCCAGCCACAAACGACCAUAAUUGGCGCGCUGGGGGAAAACUCCGCUACGCUGUUACCGCCGAUGUGGGCUCGGGGCUUUUCCUGCCCACCAGCCAACCUGAACGGCGUGGGGGUCAGAUAUGUGCUUCCCCAGCCGUGGCAAAUUGCAUCGGGCAUUUUCCCUAUUUACAUAAUUUUCGGUCAUCAGGAGACGGGCUUUUGGGGAGAGGGGAGGGAUGGAUGGGGGUUCUUUGAAUGACAUCCACAUAGCCGGUCGGACCCAUCAUCCAUCAUAUCAUGCCAUGCGGACUGAGUGACCCUUGGCUCCUUUUUUCCUUCAAACUUCCGUCGAACCCCUGAUGGAAAUAAUGGCUCUUGAUCAAGCACCCCCCUGAUUCAACUCUCCAUUAUUCACUCCGGUUUUUUUUCUGGUAGUUAGAUAUCUCCUCAGUGAAUCUGGUUCUACUAUUGCCGACUUUGUUUCCCCGGUUUUCUAGACUCGGCAGGAAUUAUCUGGUGGUUUGUCUUCCAACUUUCAACCUACUCAUCUACUGUAACUACCUAGUCCUUACCUCAACCUCACCACUUCUCUCUCUCUCUCUCUCUCUCUCUCUCUUUUUUUUAACAUUCGCUUUAAGGGACCACUUUCUCAACCACCCCCCAUUCGUUCCCCUCCAAUAGAGAUCUUCUAAAUCUCAACCCUCGUUUUCCAGCAUCUUAUAUCCUUUUAUAACAAAAAUAAGAAAAAUCGCAGACGAUUGAAAACCUCUUUCCUCUGCGAUUGUCAAUAUGUCUCCAAUAUCCACUCAUAAAGAAACCCGCGAAAACGGCAGCGACCGACCCCAUCGCCCACUGCAACCGGGCGUCUACGUGCCAACCGUAUGCUUCUUCGAGGACGAAACAGAGGAUCUCGAUACGCAGGCAAUCGGCAAACAUGCCGUCAAUCUAGCACAAGCUGGCGUGACCGGCCUGGCCGUCCACGGCUCAAACGGCGAGGCCGUCCAUCUAUCCAACGAGGAACGCAUCACGGCCAUCGAAACCACCCGCAAAGCACUAGAUAGCGCCGGCUUCCCCAACAUGCCUCUCAUCGUCGGCUGUAGUGCACAAUCGACCCGGGAAACGAUCAGGCUCUGCCAGCAGGCCCAUGCGGCCGGUGCUGAUUACGCCCUGGUUCUCGCCGCGUCGUAUUACAAGGCGCUCCUGCUGCCAGAUUCGGUGCUGCAGUUCUUCCGUGACGUAGCGGAUGCGUCCCCGCUGCCGAUUAUCAUAUACAAUUACCCUCCGGCCGUUUCAGGGCUAGAUUUGGACUCCGAUACCAUCAUCGCGCUGAGCGAACAUCCCAAUAUCAUCGGGUGCAAAUUCACCUGCGGCAACACGGGUAAAUUGAACCGCGUUGCCGCCGCCCAAGGAAGCACCAACAACAGCAACAAAUCCUCCCCAGCCCCCUUCCUAUGUCUCGGUGGCUCAGGAGACUUUACGAUACAAACGCUCAUCAGCGGGGGAUCAGGGAUCAUCGGCGGCAUUGCCAACAUUGCACCCAAGACGUGCGUGCAGGUAAUGGAUCUGUAUGCGCAAGGGAAGCUGGCGGAAGCGCGCAGUGCGCAGGAGGUUUUGGCCCGGGGAGAUUGGGCGGCUAUUCAGGGGGGGGUGGUAGGGAUUAAAUCUGCGAUGAAGUCGCACCUGGGGUACGGUGGGUUCGCGCGCAAGCCGCUGCCCAGACCGACGGAGUCGAUGCAGGAAAGCUAUAAAAGGGAGUUUAGGGAGCUUGUUGAGUAUGAGCGCUCGUUAUAACGGGGUUAUUUACUCUGUUUUUUUGAUUGGAUUCCUCUUUUGUAACUAGUUUUCUUGUUUUUUUCCCCUUUUCUUUUGAGAGUUUGGAAUUCCUCUUUAUGUUUUAAAGCAUAUUUACGUGCGCCCAGUGGCAUUCAUUAACUCAGCAUGUUGCAUAAAAUAAGAUUCACGGCCUUUUUACUCAAUUGGAAGUAUUCUCCUAUAUGAGAAGGUAUUAUUUGAUCUUCAGCCAAUGACUCC